AUGAGCGAACCGAACGCUAACGAAGCGGAGAAGAAUAUCGAGAUAUGGAAGGUUAAGAAGCUGAUUAAGCGGCUUGAGGCCGCUCGAGGAAACGGAACGAGCAUGAUUUCCUUGAUCAUUCCUCCCAAGGACCAGGUAUCCCGAGCAGCGAAGAUGUUGGCUGAAGAAUAUGGCACUGCGUCAAAUAUCAAGUCUCGUGUCAAUCGCCAGUCGGUGCUUUCGGCCAUCACUUCGACGCAGCAGCGUCUCAAGCUGUACAACAAGGUCCCCCCGAAUGGCCUCGUCGUCUACUGCGGCGAAAUCCUGACGUCCGAGGGCAAGGAGAGAAAGGUCAACAUCGACUUCGAGCCUUUCAAGCCCAUCAACACGUCGCUCUACCUCUGUGACAACAAGUUCCACACCGAGGCAUUGGCGGAGCUGCUUGAGUCUGACCAGAAAUUCGGCUUCAUCAUCAUGGACGGUAACGGUGCCCUGUUCGGCACACUGAGCGGCAACACCAGGGACAUUGUUCACAAGUUCUCGGUCGAUCUGCCCAAGAAGCACGGCCGUGGUGGUCAGUCGGCGCUGCGUUUCGCCCGUCUAAGAGAGGAGAAGCGGCACAAUUACGUUCGCAAGGUGGCCGAGCUGGCUGUUCAGAACUUCAUCACCAACGACAAGGUCAACGUGGCCGGUAUCAUCCUAGCUGGAUCCGCCGAUUUCAAGAACGACCUCAACGCGUCCGACAUGUUCGACAAUCGCCUCGCAACCAAGGUCAUCAAAGUUGUAGAUGUCUCGUACGGCGGCGAAAACGGCUUCAACCAGGCCAUUGAGUUAUCCUCAGAGACGCUGAGCAAUGUCAAGUUCAUCCAGGAGAAGAAGCUUAUCGGCAAGUACUUCGAGGAAAUCAGCCAGGAUACUGGCCGUAUCUGCUACGGCGUUGAAGAUACGCUCAAGGCUCUUGAACUAGGUGCCGUCGAGAUCCUGAUUGUCUUUGAGAACCUCGAGGUGACUCGCUGGGUCCUCAAGGACAGCCACGGCAGUGAGCUAAUUCUCCACGCCACCAAGCAGCAACAGCAGGAUGCGGCCAACCGCGAGAAGUUCAUGGACAAGGAAACGGGCCAGGAAAUGGAGGUGGUGUCGCAGGAAUCCUUCCUCGAGUGGAUCGCGGAACAUUACAAGGACUUUGGUACCACUCUAGAGUUCGUCUCCGACCGAUCGACCGAGGGCAACCAGUUUGUCAAGGGCUUCGGCGGUAUUGGCGGCAUCCUCCGGUACAAGGUCAACUUCGAGCAGUUAGCUGACGUGGAUGAUGAUGAUGAGUACUAUGACGGUAAGGAUUUGGUGCCCAACAGGCGAUUACGAAGGGCAUGGUAG